AUGGAGUUUAUCGAGGUGACUAAUGUAGCGUUCCCCGUAGGCCUCGAACAUACUCGACGCACACUUUUGAGGCUAUUCGAGAGGGUGCAAUCUGUGGAGGAUAUUGUGGUGGACGUGCGACAGAGUCGGGCGAUGAUUUCCUUCACAGAAUCCUCGGCGGCACAGGAGGCGUUGGUAUUGCUUGACGGUUUUCCGCUUUUUGGACGGGCACUGUGUCUGCAUGUCUCACCUCCACCAGCUUCACCGAUUCGCGGGUACAUUGUGGCGACAAAGCCCUCAAAGUACCUGCUCGUGCGCAACACACCCUAUCUGACCGUGGUGGUGAAGCUGAAGCACAUUGCCGGCGUUGUCGCGAUCACAUCAGCGGGGGUGAACAGCUGCUUUGUCGUGGCGGAGUCUGUUGAGGAUACGAUACUCCUGAAGGAGGUACUGCUGUCUCACCCCAGCAGGUGGGGUACUGAGGUGUUUGUGUCUUACCUGCGAAAGCUGCCGUGA